ACGUAUGUUUGUGUUUGUUUGCACUUAUUUUAUUUUAUUACAAGCGAUGACACACACUUCAUCGUCUAAUCUUGUGUUUUAACAAAUUACGUGAUAAAAGUGCCGAGAACAACACAAUCAUGUUCAGCAAGAAGAAACCAGACAAGCCUAAACCGCGACGAAAUCAAGGAAAUCUCUCCCAGUACGGUCUCUUCGAUGUACCCACAACGUUAGAUUUCAACGAUGACAACGAAGGAGAUGACGACAACGACAGUGAUCUGGAAGCAGAACUUGCUGCCUUGGCAGGAGGAGGAGGAAAACCCAAAAGACCAGCAAGAAAGCCUCAACCUGCAGUCAAUCUAGAUGCCAUGGUGCAAGACAGUAUGAGAGACAUCCCUUCUGAUGAAGAAUUAUCCGGGGAUGAUGAUGAUCCUGACUUAUUGAAUGAAUUAAGUGAGAUUACAGGAGAUGCAGGUGAAGUUGAAGCAAGUCCACAGGAAUCUCCAACAAAAUCAACACCAGCAACAGUAGAUGUAGGAAAAUUAUUGGAUGAAAGAAUGAAAAUGUAUGAAUUAGCAGAGAAAAACGCUAAAGAAGCAGGGGAAACUUCCAGAGCAAGAAGAUUCAACAGAGGAUUGAAAACAAUCAAAGAUUUAAUCAAACAGAACAAUGCUGGGAGAGCUAUUAAUGAUGAAGAUAUCCCACCGGCUGUUACUGUUAAUAUUCAAAAAAGAGAUCCGCCAUUAGAACCAGCACCAUCAGAGGAAGUAGCAGUUGUAAAUCCUCCACCUCGUGAAGAACCUGCAGAAGAAUCAACUCCAUCGCCUCAGGAAAUGGUUUUAUCUGAAGAGAAACAAAAUUUAUUAAAAUUGUUAAACGAGCGUAAGAAUCAAUACAAAAUGGCGGCGUUGGCAGCAAAAAAAUCCGGUGAUACACAAACAGCUGUAGGACAUAUAAAAAUAGUCAAACAAUUCGAAACUGUUAUCAAAGCAGUGGAAUCCGGACAAGAAGUUGAUCUUUCCCGAAUGCCUGGACCUCCUGUCAAUGAAAAACCUAAUAUAGAAGAAGCACAACCUGUCCAACACGCAGAGGAACCCAUGGCUGUACCUGAAGAAAGUCCAGAGGAAGCCCCACAGUUGAUAUCAGCUAAUUCCGUAGGUGAAGCAUUGGAACAACGUUUGGCUGUGUAUAAAGAACAAGAAAACAACGCCAAGGAACAAGGUAAUAGCAGUAAAGCACGCAGAAUGGGUAGAAUUGUAAAACAAUUUGAACAAGCGAUCAAAGCGCAUAAAAGUGGUAAAAGUGUUGCGUUUGAUGAGUUACCAACACCGCCGGGAUAUGCACCUAUACCCGGAACAGAAAAACCUGUUGAAGCUUCACCAGUUGUUCCAAAUCCAAAUCCUGCUCCUGCUGUACCUAAACCUUCUCCACAAUCACCACCGGCUAAUUCCAGUUCCGGAACAACUCCACCUGCUGUCCCCGCUAGGACAAGAGCUGGUAAUAAACAACCUACAACACGCAUGGAAAAACAAUUAACGUUGUUGAAACAACGCCAGAAUGAGUUUAAAGUCGCUGCGUUGAAUGCUAAGAAAAAGGGGGAGUUAAAUGAAGCUAAGGAGUAUUUAAGGACUGCGAAAGGGUUUGAUCCAUUGAUUGAAGCUGCAGAAGGUGGUUUACCAGUUGAUAUUACAUCUCUGCCUAUUCCACCUAUGGCUAAAGCACAAUUAGAUGUUGAAUAUGAACUGGUUAUGGCUGAUGAAUGCACAGAAGAAGAUGACAGCGUGUUGGAUGUAAUUUCCAGGCUGGAAUCGCAGUUAACAAAACAAUUGAAGACUUGUUUGAGUACUCGUGAUCACUUCAAAGCAAUUGGUGAUAUUGCAGGCAUGAAUCGUUUCGAGCAUCUCGCUUUAACAGUCACAAAAGAUUUAGAUGUUGUUAGAAUAGCAAAAAGAACAAAUAGUUCAGCAAUUCCAAAAUUCCACUAUGAAAAGCGUGAUUAUUCGAUUGUGAAGAGUUUUACAGACUUGAACGACAAUGAUUUGGAGUUAUUAAUCGCCAGGGGGAUAAACUACAACUGUGCAAACCCAAAAGAUAUUGAUACUUAUGUUAAAUUCGAAUUUCCAAACCCAAAUGAUGAGAUUUAUCGUGAUAAAACAGCUACGGUUAAAGACACAAACAAUCCAGAGUAUAAUUCACAGUAUUCUUUGUCUUUCCAACGUGGUGCACGUCCAUGGAUGCGAAUAUUCAAGCGACAUGCGAUUAAAUUCGAGGUUUAUUCCAAAGGCUGUUUUGCUAGCGAGUGGGGUUGUUGUUUCAGUGGGUUCCUGCGCAGCGAUACAUUAUUAGGCACUGUGACUGUUAAACUGCAACCAUUGGAGACACAGUGUGAGAUUCAUGAUAGUUUUGAUUUAAUGGAUGGUAGGAAGAAAGUCGGUGGAAAAUUAGAAGUGCGUCUACGUUUGCGUGAUCCACUGUUAAAUCGAGAAGUACAACAGUUGUCUGAAAGAUGGUUGGUUGUUGAUAGUUAAAACUGCCUCAGGUAUUUUUAAUACAUACAACACGAACAGGGAUCAAAUUAUAGUGUAAUAACACAUAAUCAACUAAAUUACAACUAAAAACCCAUUGAGAACGAGGGGAGAAGACCUUAGGAAGCUGCGACUGGAUUAUUGGAGGACUCAGGCACGACUAAGCGUAGGGCCCACCACACGCAGCCCUUUUAUACCCUCGGCCUACCUGCAAAAAGUGGUGGGGGAAGAUUUUUUGACGCAAGCAAAGUACUUACACCUAAUGAAGAACAGAGUACAUUGGCCCAAUAGUACCACAACUACUUUUAAUCUCCUAAAACCACCGCUAGAUGGCGCAAUGUGUAUUAAACCGAAGUUAAAAUCAACUUUGUGAAUAGAAAUACCACACAAUGCACAAUGAAGUUAUAUGUUGAUUCAUAACGACCCGCACAUUGUUCAUAUUUUUGUCACUGAUCACAACGCGAUCACGCUGCGAGCACCUGAUAGAAGUCCAGCGUCCUUUGAUCGCUUUGCACAUUGACUUGAGUGAGUGCUAUCAAUUCCUGAUGCUCAUCACAGCGUGAUGAAGCUGUGAUUGAUCAAAAUUAAAUUAAUUUAUAGCUUUUUAAAUCUACGGCAUUUAAAUUUACGAUUUGUGUAUAUUUAUAGCACUUCUGAAAACAGGUCAUUCGUCAGUACAAUUAAAGAUAACGCUGUUGCUGAUUUUUUCAUUUGUUAAAUUAAACGGUAAACAGGAAUUUUUCCACUUGAGAUGCGGCGAUGGCCUUGAGGUGUGUAGGAGUGCAAAUAACAUCAAAGUUGUGAAAUUUCAAGUGUGCGUUGGUGGGUGUAAGCUUACGUUUCACGCUAGACGAGCCUUCGAGACGACUUUAAGUUGUUUUCCAUCGAUUGCAGCCACUCAAGGUGUAUAAAUAACUAUUGUAUGCAUAUUAUUGUACUUAUAAAUUAACAAUUUUAAUCGUUGUAGAUUUUAGCCCGUGGCGAUGAUUUAAAAAUAGUUUUAUACGCAAUAUUAAUUGUGGGUAAUGAAAUGAAUGAUUCACGAGGAUUGCAUUGAUUAGUUUGUGUGUUAUCACAAAUUUGAAGUAAUAGAGGACUUAGUAAUUUUUAUUGUUUAUGGAAAUAGAUGCGUAAAAGUUUCCACAAGGUUUGUUUACCUCGGUCAACUGAUAAGGAGUGAUUUGAAGUGGGUGAUUGUUGAGUGUGCCCACAAAUGACGAGCCUACUCAUUAAAAAAACGCCAGCUAUUGAUAGCUCGUAAAUUAUGAGUCAAUAUUUGUGCAGGGAUUACGUUUUAAGCAUAGUUACCGGUAUUUUAUAUACUUCUAAUCUUUUUUUAUGGUUUUAUAUUAUAUUUUAAUUAAAUCGUUAGGCAUUUAAAUUAAAUUUGUAAUUAUGUUUGUAAAUAUUCAUAGAAAAUGAUUUGUUUGGGUUUUUAAUAUGAUUUUAUUAGAUUUUAGCGUCAUCCUGGGGAGAACUGUAGAGUUAUAUUUAGAUAUUAUUGUAUUUGUUGCGUUAGAUGUUUCAUGCAUGUUUAUUCCGUGUGCGUGUAAAAAUUGUCACAUUCACAUGGAUAUGGUUUAAGUGCGGGUAACUCGCACUGCUACAGGUGCAGCCUCACUGAUACCAACAAACAAAUUUACCUGCCGUGGUGAGACAGCGUUAUGAGGCGUCUUCAAUUGUACUUUUUAAAGAUGUACUGGAUGGCGUUGGGAUGCAUUUAUUUGCAUUUUAUUUUUGUUUGUUGGUGUUAGUGGAGAUAAAAGAAUUAAAUAUAAGUGAAUAUCUCGUAAACUAAAAGUGAUAGAAAGGAACGGAUUGCAGAUUCUUAAUCUGUGGGAUAUUUUAGUUAGAAAAACGUAGUAAACUCGAGAAAAUAAAAUUUUAAAAAGUAAUUUAUAAUGAAAAAAUGCAAUUUUUAAAAAUUUAUAUUUUAUAAUGCUACAUUUUCUUAAUAAUUUAAUUUUAAUUAAAUAUACGUUAAGAAAAUAUGAAAAUAAUGUCAAUUUACGUAAAAGAUUGUAAAUCUAAA